UGCCUCAAAUCUGUAGUUGAAUGCCAAAAAAGCAUCUGUGUCUUUGUAAAAUCAUGACGUGAAAAGCACACAUGGUCUUACAGGCUGAUCCCUCGGGUUUUUCAAAAGUUCUGAAUCUUGAUUCUUUUUAUCUUCAUCUUCAUGCUGGCGUAAUGGAGCCACAGCAGGUCUCUCACAUUGCGUAUGUCUCCUGUCUACAUGCCUGCACUGAUGGGGAUCUACUUCUGCUGCUCUUGCUUGGGUCAGUGAAUAAUUUCCUGAUGACUGGACCCAAGGCGUACCUCAUCUACUCUAGCAGUGUGGCAGCAGGAGCUCAGAGCGGCAUCGAGGAGUGCAAAUACCAGUUUGCAUGGGACCGUUGGAACUGCCCUGAGAGAGCUUUGCAGCUGUCCACGCACAGCAGCCUGCGCAGUGCAAACCGGGAGACAGCGUUUGUUCACGCCAUCAGCUCGGCCGGAGUAAUGUACACUUUAACGAGGAACUGCAGCCUCGGAGACUUUGACAACUGCGGCUGCGAUGACAGCAGGAAUGGACAGCGAGGUGGUCACGGUUGGCUUUGGGGCGGCUGCAGUGACAAUGUCGGCUUUGGCGAGGCCAUAUCCAAACAGUUUGUCGAUGCUUUAGAGACCGGGCAGGAUGCACGUGCAGCCAUGAAUCUUCAUAACAACGAGGCCGGUCGUAAGGCUGUAAAAGGGACCAUGCAGAAGACGUGUAAGUGCCACGGCGUCUCAGGAAGCUGUACCACUCAGACUUGCUGGCUACAGCUGCCAGAGUUCAGGGAGGUGGGAAUUUACCUGAAGGAGAAGUACCACCGCGCUCUCAAGGUGGACCUCCUCAGAGGAGCUGGGAACAGUGCAGCCAGCCGGGGGGCCAUCGCUGAGACUUUCAGCUCCAUCUCUCGUAAGGAGCUCGUCCACCUUGAGGACUCCCCUGACUAUUGCCUGGAAAACCGCACGCUGGGCUUGCCUGGCACAGAGGGCCGUGAGUGCCUGAAGAAGGGGAAAAAUUUGAGCAAAUGGGAGAAACGUAGCUGCAAGAGGCUGUGUGGAGAGUGUGGGCUGGCAGUGGAGGAGCGCAAAGCUGAGAUGGUGUCGAGCUGUAAUUGUAAAUUCCACUGGUGCUGCGCGGUGAAGUGCGAGCAGUGCAGAAAGACAGUGACCAAGUACUUUUGUGUAAAGAAAGGAAGUCAGAGGGGGAGGAAUGAGAGCGCUGGAAGCCGUCGGAAAAGCCUCAGACUGAGGAAAAAGCACUGAGAUCUUCACCUUCACCUUUACUUCUGCUGUCAUACUUGUACCACUGCUCCUUCAUUUUGGACAAAAACUUAGAAAACAUACAUGUUCAGACCAUCUUCUUUGACACUUUUUAAAGAGCUAAAGACAGUGGGAUGUGCAAAGCCACAUGAAAGAGAUGAUGAGAAGUGGAUGUAUUAAAACUUUGUAGAUUUUUCGUACAUAUGUAUUUAAGAUAUAUUUUUAUACUUUUUACAACAUUUUGGGCAUUUAAAUAGUUUUUCUCUAACAUCAAAAGUCUCCAACAAGCAGAUUUAUUUAUAUUAAUCAUAGACUGCAUAUUAAGAUGGAUGAUGCACCUUAACCUCCUCUAAAGAUGAAGCCAAAUUUUUCCAUGAUGGGUGCUGACAUAUUGCUGAUUUUGAGCUAGAGUUUGAGCAGUGGCUGAAAGAGCUGCUGUAUUGACAUCACAUCGCUGCUUCUUGUGAAAACAGAGAUUUGCAUUACAGAUAAAACAGCAAAGAUCCUCCUGCUUCUUCCUCUGCUACUUUGCCACAUUGUGCAGAAGCUGUCUGCAGAUGCCUUUUUUUUUUUACCUUUUCAGAGCCUCAAUUACCGUAAAAUCAGGUGUGUAAGAUGCUUUUACUUUUAAUGCCAUUUUUGUAAUCUAAAAAGCUGAUUGCAUCCUGUAUAUCCAUGCAAAUGUUCUUCCAUUCAUUAUGUAUUGCAAGUUGCAGUUUUGCUGCACAAAAUACUCACAAAUAUUCUCAUUAGUUCAUAAUCCUCUAUUUGUUUUGAUUAAAAAAAGACCUUAGUAAAAGACAAUAAGUGACCAUAGAAGGUGAGCUGUGUAACUUGUGGACUCUGGGUCAGUGUAGGUCUAAGUGCAGGCUGAGGCCUCAACUAGCACACCCGAAGCUAACUUCAUCUGGUAAAACAGAUGCUUGCAAACUGAAGGAGCUACACAGCUGCACAGAAACUGCAUGCUAUGGACAUGUGGACUUUUUGGAAAUUCUUGCACAGGAGGACAGUUUAACCCAUUUUCCCUUUGGGAGGCUCCCAAAAAUAGACUGCAUCUGAAACACUAAUGCAACUUAUAUUCUGGACGUUAUGACAACCAAUUAAAGAGAACUUCUCAUGGUAUCAUCUCAUGAUGAUAAUAUUUAGCAGAACCUGGGAUUGAGAAAAUGUAUAUGACAAACAUUCUGUCUUUUUAGUUGGACCUAUGUCCCAUUUGUUAACAUGGAGGAGAUCUCUACUGCAGCCAGUCAGUGGGGGGAUGUUACGGCUUCAUCAAAGCCUGGCCACACACUAUAGGAUUUUAGGCCCGAUCGAGGCCAGAUUUGCUCGCCUCGAUGAUCAUAGGGGUGUGCCCGGAGUGAAGGCUCAUCGCAAGCAAUUAUUUGUCUGAAUAAACCUCAAGUCUGUGGUUAUUUCGCAGCAUAGCCUCCCAGACCUCAACUCGUACAUAGCAAACGUAUUUGAUAUUUACGAUUAUAGUUCCUAAAUCCUCAGACAAAAAACACGCAACAAUCAAUGAGAGUGAGCAAACCAUCACUAGCCUGGUGCUACGUAGGUUUACUUUCACGUCACAUACACACAACUGUACCUUCCUUCCAGCCAGGAUUUCAUCCUGAAUCUUCUCCUUAUUUUGUGUUUUUUUUUUGCUGCAACUGUAAGACACGCCAGUACAGCUUAUUGUGGAGGGACAAGCCGAGGGUAUCAAUAGACAUCCAUGUUUGUUUUUCUUCUGAAGUCUUACGGUUUUGGCUGAGUCGUGUAGUGUGUGCUACACGUGUGUUCUCUCCCAUGUUCUUAAAAUAGAUAAGAAUUGAAAAUCCUUUAGUGUGUUGCCAGCCUAAGGCGAGGUUUGGUGCUGUCCAUUCUUUAUACAAUUUAUGAUUUUUGUGUAAAAACUCAUAAAACAGCUGAUAUGACUAUUGAGCUUUAGCAUAUUUAGCUUUUAAACUGUUCAAGAAUUUUACUGGACUGUUUGCCUAGCUGUAAUCUUUCUGUAUUCCAGCUGUCACUGCCAAGUUUGAAUUCAUUGGAAGAAAUGUCUGGAUUUUUCCAGGGACAGUGUACCCUCCCAUCAUCUGUCAUGCCCUGACCCCUGCUGCCCUUUUGUUGUAUUUAAUUGUAUAAUAAAUGAAGCACUUUGUACUGUACAUUGUUAAUUUAUUUCACAGCAUUUGCUAGUUUUUCUUUGUUGUUAGUUGCCCUUUGUGGUUUGUUUUCUUUUCAUAUGUAUUGAAGAAUAAUA